AGCCCAGAUGGCUCACGUCGGCUACCCAAAAAUCUCAACAGAAAUUUCUCGUCUCUUCCUCUUUCCUCACCAAUGAAUUUCCCCUAUUAUCCCAUCUUCUCUUCUUAGAAACCCUAGAACUUAUUAUUGACAAAAAAAGGGUUUCCACUUUCUUCUUCCCCCUCCCCCCCCUCUCUCACUAGAUUUUAGCUUUGACUUUUCCAGAUUUAAUUUCUAUUUUCCUUUUUCUUUUUCACCAACUCUUGAAUGAAAUAGAUCAAAUACCCGUAAUAGUUUUCCUUUUUAAUUAACAUUUUUUCGAGGUUUUUGUGUGCUUUCGAAGGGAGAUACCAGUUUUUCCUCUCUUUUUUGCAUCGUUAAGUUACUACAGAAAAUUCCCAAAUUUUUGUUUGUUUUAUAUAUUGAAGGCGGAGGCAGUAUUAAAUCAUAGGAAUCUUAUGGAAUUUGAUGACAACCGCCCUGCAGGAGAGGAAGUAUUUGAUGCAUCACAAUAUGCAUUCUUUGGUAAUGAUGUAGUCGAAGAAGUUGAACUGGGUGGGUUGGAAGAUGAAGAGGAUGGUCUUCCUCCGGUUGGGUUUGAUGAUGAAGAGUAUCAAUUAGGCCAAGAAGAGGUUGAAGCUAUUGGAUCUUUGUCAGAGAUUGAUGACCUUAGUAGCAAAUUUUCCAAGUUGAACAAGGAUGAUGGUGGCGCCAUAAAUCCAGGAUUUAUUGGUGACAGGGAAUACAGAGAGAGCUCAUCUGCUGUUGAGUGGGCACAAGAUGCAGAUUUUCAUAAUUGGAUUGGUCGGAAAGCUCUUGAUGGUGAAAGCAAUGACAGCAAAAGAUGGCCAUCGCAGCCGUACUCUUCUGCUGCUCGCUUUUUGGAACCAAAUCCUUUGUACAGAACUUCCUCAUACCCUGAGCAACAACAGCAACAUGAAUAUCAACAGCAAACCCCAAACCACCACUACUCCAGUGAACCAAUACUCAUCCCAAAAUUACCUUUCACUUCAUUUCCUCCUCCUAGUGUGAGGCAUCCACAAGCUUCCCCAAAUAACCAGUCACAGCAUCCGAAUGGUCCAAAUCAACCUGGUGGACAGCAAAUGCCGCUUUCCUCUCCUAACUUACCUCCCUUUUUAAACCCUGCAAAUCACUCAACUGCCUCACAUCAUGGCCCGCAGUAUGGUGGAAAGUUUGCUCAAGGAACACCUCCUGGGCUUGCCCUUCAUACUCAAAUUCCAAGCCAAUGGUUGAAGCAAUCUACUUUGUAUCCUGGAGAGCAAUCAAGCCUGACCAGUAAUAUGAUCCCGCAGCAGUUGCAUCGCCAAAAUGGUUUCGCACCACCACAUGGGGGCCCGCAGCAACCCCAGCAGCCUGGACAACACCAUCCCUUGCAUUCACCCUAUGGUCAUAUGCCGGGGUUGCAAUCCCAACUGUUUAAUCACCAUAUGUCUCCACCCUCGCAGGUGCUGAAUAAUUUUGAUAUGCUUGGGUUGGCUGAUUUAAGAGAUCAAAAGGCAAAACUAAUGCUGAGAGGUAGACAGGGCCUGCACUACUCCCAACAAGGCUUUGACGUUGGUAGCCAGAGAAAUAAUAGUGCAUGGCCAAGAUUUAAAUCCAAGUACAUGACAGCAGAUGAAUUAGAGAAUAUUCUUAGAACGCAGCUGGCUGCUACCCAUAGCAACGAUCCUUAUGUUGAUGAUUAUUAUCACCAAGCUUGUCUGGCAAAGAAGUCCGCUGGUGCAAAGUUGAAGCACCAUUUCUGCCCAAAUAAUUUGAGGGAUGGUAGUGCUCGAACUCACGCUAAUUCUGAGCCACAUCCUUUUCUCCAGGUUGAUGCUCUUGGAAGGGUUGCUUUCUCUUCUAUUCGCAGGCCCCGCCCGCUUCUUGAAGUUGAUCCGCCAAAAUCAUCACCUACUGGAUGCAUUGAACAGAAAAUAUCUGAGAAACCCCUGGAGCAAGAGCCAAUGCUAGCAGCUAGGGUGACUAUUGAGGAUGGUCUCUGUCUUCUUCUUGAUGUUGAUGAUAUUGACCGGUUCCUACAAUUUAAUCAACUUCCAGAUGGAGGAGACCAGUUGAAACGCAGGCGGCAGGUUCUGCUUGAGGGUUUGGCAUCAUCACUUCAAUUAGUUGACCCCCUAGGAAAAAAUGGCCACUCUGUGAAUUUGGCUGCUAAAGAUGAUGUUGUCUUCUUGAGGAUCGUCUCCCUUCCCAAGGGCCGGAAGCUGCUAGUUCGAUACCUGCAGCUUCUUUUCCCUGGAAGUGAACUGACCAGGAUGGUUUGCAUGGCUAUUUUCCGGCAUCUAAGGUUCUUGUUUGGCGGGCUUCCGAGUGACCCUGGGGCAACUGAGACUACUGUGAGCCUUGGAAGGACUGUGUCACUGUGUAUUUGUGAGAUGGAGCUCAAAGCACUUGCUGCCUGUCUUGCAUCAGUGGUUUGUUCAGCAGAGCCUCCUCCGCUCCGUCCUGUUGGAAGCCCUGCUGGAGAUGGGGCAUCUAUUGUUCUAAAAUCUCUUCUUGAGAGGGCAACUGAGAUCUUAAGAGAUCCCCAUGCUGCUGCCCAGUGCAGCAUACCUAAUAGGUCAUUCUGGCAGGCCUCGUUUGAUGCAUUUUUUGGGUUACUCACGAAAUACUGUUUCAACAAAUACGACACCGUAAUGCAAUGUUUCUUCACACAAGCCCCACCAGGUGUGGCUGUUAGUGGAUCUGAUGCAGCCAAAGCCAUUAGUAGGGAGAUGCCUGUUGAACUUUUGCGUGCGAGUCUUCCUCACACUAGUGAACAACAGAAA